AUGGCGACGACAGCAAAUCAAGCUACCACCAGGUCCUCCACGCAAGCCACUGUUUGGGCUGGCUGGGAUCAGAUAUUGGGAGUAGUCGAGUACUCUGAUCGAUUCCAGGAACUUCGGAGGGCUCUUCACCAGGGAAUUGGUUCGGCGAAAUGCGUUGCGCAAUACAAUUCAGUGCAAGAGGUGGAGGUUCGCCGAUUCCUUCUGCGCGUAUUGGAUGAUCCACACAGUUUAAAUGACCAGCUACGAAAGAUGACCGGGGCUGUGGCCCUUCAGAUAGCUUACGGAUACACGGUGGAACCGCACGACAGUGACCCUCUCAUUGACCUGGCCGAGAGAGCGGUGUACGACUUUGGUCUGGUCGUUACUCCGGGAAACUGGAUAGUAGAUGUCUUUCCAAUGUUAAGGUAUCUGCCGGCCUGGUUUCCGGGGGCCAAAUUCGUCCGGAUAGCAGACAGCAUCCGGAAGACUGCCACAGCUUUCUGUGAUACGCCGUGUACAUUUGUCAAACAACGACUAGCCCAGAGUGACUACCGUCCUUCCUUCCUCUCGAACUCGCUCAGGAAUCAGGAAGGGUUGUCAGAGGCCGAUGAGUCCGUGCUGAAAUGGUCCGCCGCAGCGAUAUAUGCUGGAGGAGCAGAUACUACCGUGUCAACCUUGGCUACGUUCUUUCUCGCUAUGACUCUCUAUCCCGAAGUCCAGGCUAAGGCACGAGCGGAAAUUCAAUCCGUCUUAGGGUCGGAUCGUCUUCCUGGCUUCCAAGAUAGAGACAACCUCCCGUACAUCAAUGCCAUAGUGAAGGAGACUCUUCGCUGGCAUGCCACUGUCCCCGUUAUCACACACAAAUCUAUCGCCCCCGAUGUGUGCGAAGGAUAUGACAUCCCGGAGGGAUCUUGGGUCAUGGCUAACGUCUGGGCUAUGAACCACGAUCCAAAAACCUACGUUGAUCCCUUUUCCUUCAAGCCGGAACGCUUUCUAGGCUGCGAGGGGCGUGCGCCCGAACCUGAUCCACACACCUUUGGAUUCGGUCGACGAAUAUGCCCUGGACGCAACCUGGCCAGAGCGAACGUUUACCUGACCGUUGCGCAAUCUUUGGCCGCUUUCCAGAUCAGUAAGCCGAGGAAGAAUGGCACUGAGAGUGACUUCCGCCCAGAGUUCCAAGCAGGGUUUGUCAGCUCGCCCGCCCCGUACGAGAUCGACAUUCGGGUCCGCAGUCCGGCUUAUGAGAACCUCAUUCGCACGGUGGAGACCGAAUAUCCCUGGGAACAAAGUCACUCCAAAGAGAUUAAAUCGCUUGCUUCCUGA